GGCAGUGUGAGUUCGCGGGAAAAUAAAUUGAUGUUUCUCAUAUUAUAUGAUUUGUAUAGGGUAGUGUUAACGUGUAGCUAUCUAUAUAGAUAAAACAAUGAACGUAUGUUGGAUUGUAUGAUUGGUGAGUUUAUCGUUAGACAGUUUAUGAGUACUGACAACUUGAAACUGUUGAGAGUCCCGCUUUCAAAGGAGUAACGUUUCGUAGCUAGCUAGCGUUAUUGGCACCAAUUCAUUGGUUAAUCGUAGCCAGUUUUCCAUAGCCUGAAUAAGGAAUCUUUUGUACGGAGACAAAGAGCGCACAUCUGUUGCUUGCUAGCUAGCUGUGUAACGUUUUAAUACUUGUCGUUUGAAAAUGAGUUUUUUUAAUUUGGACCGGUUUCGUUUUGACAAGAACAAAGCAACGUCAAACCAGGACAAAUACAACGGUUCCGUAAGUCCAGAGUCAGAAAAGGAGAAUAAACCAGCCCGAGUAACAACACCUAUAGCCAACCUUGGAAAAUCUGGGCGAGGAGUAGUGUUUGAAGAUGUCAUCAGUGACUCUGAUGACGAUUUGGCAAGUGAUUCAAGGAGGGAUAAAUUAACGAAAAUUGUGAAGGAACCUGUAAAGAAACCAGUGACGCGAGAGGCAAGGGAGAUGACUGAGCCAUCUGAUAAGGAAGACAAAGUGGACAAGGAGCUGAAAGAGAGACUGGACAAACUGCAGGAAAUCUUCCCUAAAAGAAACAGGAAGGAGCUGCUGGAGGUGAUUGAAAGCACAAGCACUUUGGAUGGUGCCGUAGCCUCAUGCCUGAUGAUGUUUGGUGACAAAGACUCAAUGAGGAAGAGGAAACCGGAUGGAUCCAGCAGUUGUCAAGACCGAGAUGGGGUCUGGCAGCCCUCGAAGAGGAGGAGAACCUCUCUGGCUGAAGACUCUGAGGAGGAGGGUGCAGAGCCCAGCUGGGAAAGACAGGAGGCCAUGGUUAGGAAACUGCAGAGGAAGUUCCCUGACCAGGAUAAGGAGGAACUCAGGGCUGUGCUCCAGGAACACGAGUGGAACGUGGCAGAUGCCUUGGAGGUGCUUCGCAUGUUCUCUGACACAGAGGAAGACUACGGCGCACCUGAAGUCUCCAGCUCCCCUGAAGUCGAGCAGAAGGAACCCAAAGCCAAGAGCGAUGCCAAACCAAGCAACGGCAAGAGUGAAGCCAAGCCAAGCAGAGACUGCAGAGAGUCCAAGGACAGCAUAAAGGAAGCCAAGCUGAGCAACGCUUCCGCUCUGAAAUGGAUGUUCAUGAAAUCUGCCCCUGAUUCUAAACCUACCUCUUCAAGUUCCAUGAGCCAGAAGCUGUCCAACGGGACCAGCGUGGCUAAAAAGGAGGCAGUGGCGAGGAAGCAUGAGAGGGCCAGCAGCUCGGAGGACGAGGACGAGGACGAGGAGGGGGUCAGCAGCGAGUAUGAGGGCUCGGACGACGAGCUGGACUCUUGUGCGGAGGACGAGGGCACAUCCACGCUCAAAGGCCAGAUCCUGCUCUUCUUCCAGGAGGCCUCGCUGGACGAGCUGUCCCUCAUCGCCGGCUGUUCGGUGAAGAAGGCCCAGAAGAUCGUGGAGCUGCGGCCCUUUGCUGUUUGGCGCGACCUGAAGGAGCUGUUCGACAAGGAGAAAGGCCUGUCUGCAGAACUGCUCUUGGGCUGCAGGGUGGUGCUCAGGGAGAGGGCUGUGGUCCAGGGCCUCAUGUCCAAGUGCCAGACCAUCUCGGGCAAGAUGGUGAAGGGAGUCACCCAGGUCAUCGACAAGGGCAUGGGCUCCGUGACCCAGCCCUCCAUCCUCAACAGAAAGUUACAAUUGAAACCCUACCAGCUGAUUGGGCUGAAGUGGCUUCUCCUGCUGCACAAACACAAGCUGAGUGGAAUCCUGGCUGAUGAGAUGGGUUUGGGAAAGACCAUCCAGGCCAUAGCCUUCCUGGCCAAACUGUACCAGGAUGGCAUCGAAGGCCCCCACCUCAUCACUGUGCCCUCCUCCACCCUGGAUAACUGGGUUCGGGAGCUAAAGCUGUGGUGCCCUAGUCUCAAGGUGUUAGUCUAUUACGGCUCUGUGGAGGACCGGCGGUAUCUGCGACAUGACAUCCUUAAUAAUCAGGUGGACUUCAACGUCAUCGUGUCCACAUACAACUUGGCCAUCGGCAACGACAGCGACCGCAGUCUCUUCCGCAAGCUCAAACUGAAGUACGCCGUGUUUGACGAGGGCCACAUGCUGAAGAACAUGAACUCCCGCCGCUACCGCCACCUCAUGGCCGUCAACGCUGAGCACCGGUUGCUACUGACCGGCACCCCUCUGCAGAACAACCUGCUGGAGCUGAUGUCGCUGCUAAACUUCAUCAUGCCCUCCAUGUUCUCCAGCAGCACCACACAGAUAGCCAAGAUGUUCUCCAUGAAAUCCCAUGAGGAGCAGAGUCGUUUCGAGAGGGACCGCAUCGCCCAGGCUAAACUCAUCAUGAAACCUUUCAUCCUCAGACGAGUUAAGAGUGAAGUUCUUAAGCAGCUGCCAGCGAAGGAGGAGAAGUUGGUAUUCUGCCCAAUGAGUGAGAAGCAACAGCAGCUUUACCAGACCAUGGUGGGCAAGUUCAAGAAGUCUGCCAUCGGAGAGAAGAGAGAGCUGUGCAACGUGAUGAUGCAGUUGAGGAAGAUGGCCAACCACCCUCUGCUCCACAGACAGUACUUCACCACAGAGAGACUGGAGGCCAUGAGUCGCCUCAUGCUUAAGGAACCGACCCAUUUUGAUGCGGACCCGGUGCUGAUCCAAGAGGACAUGGCGGUGAUGUCAGACUUUGAGCUUCACCGGCUGUGCCAGCAGUACUCGUCCCUGCACCAAUACCAGCUGGACAAAGACCUUCUGCUGGACUCCGGAAAGUUCCACCUGCUCCAGACGCUACUGGCCACGCUCAAGACCAAGGGAGACCGAGUAGUGCUCUUUAGUCAGUUCACCAUGAUGCUGGACAUCGUAGAGAUUCUGCUCAAACACCUGGGCCACCGCUACGUCAGACUGGACGGCUCCACGCCCAUUGCAGACAGGAUCGUGCUGAUUGACGACUACAACACGGACCCAGAAAUCUUUGUGUUCCUGCUGUCGACGCGGGCCGGCGGCCUGGGCAUCAACCUGACCUCUGCCAACGUGGUCAUCAUGCAUGACAUCGACUGCAACCCCUACAACGACAAACAGGCUGAGGACCGCUGCCACAGAGUAGGGCAGACUAGGACAGUCCAGGUGAUCAAGCUGAUCCAUAACGACACAAUAGAGGGCUGCAUGCUGCAGCUGGGUCAGAAGAAACUCAAACUGGAGCAGGACAUGACCGCUGCCGAGGAGGGUGACGAGGGCACCAUGCCUGAGGACAUGGCCUCCCUGCUCAAGGCAUCGCUGGGCCUGUGAGGGUAUGGGAGCUCCCUCCCCGGAGCUCCAUCUGGGAUCCAGCCUGGAGCCUCCCUCCCUGGAGCUCCAUCUGGGAUCCAGCCUGGAGCCUCCCUCCCUGGAGCUCCAUCUGGGAUCCAGCCUGGAGCCUCCCACCCCAGGCACCACUGACUGACUGAAACCUGCCUCAGAUACUUGAAUCCUCCUGCCUAAACUCUGUGGGUCUCUCCCUGCUCACACUACCCAUUAGACACAUGACUGAGACGCAGCUGUGCACGUCCAACAGUCUGGACUAGAGAUGAUAUGAAUGGAUUGUUGGCCUUUGCUGACAGUGACAGUGAUGGUGACCGUGGGUGUCGUUGAGGUCAGUGGCCACUCUGCUCCGUGCAGAACCUGGGGUGUAUUCAUUAGGAACCAAACGAAAGCAAAAGGGCCAGAAUGGGAAGGUCUAACCUGAACUUGUCCAUUUUAAGAAAUGUUCGUUUUCGUUGCAAAUUCUUUCCUGUUGCAAAAUAUUUUGCUAUGGUUGUACUGUAAAACCCAUGUAGUACUGUAAAACCCAUGUUGUGCUGUAAAAACCAUGUUGUGCUGUUACUCUGCUGUUUGUGUUUUUUUGUAUGUCCCUGUUGCGACAUCAACAGGGUUUGUCGAAACAUGAAAUAAAGAUUUCAAUAUUUAUUUU